AUGUCGCGGCCGCCGCCGCCCGGCGCGCUGCCGCCCCAGCUGUCUGCGGCGGCGGCGGCGGAGGCGCUGCGGCGCCUGGCGCGGUUCCUGGGGCGCGCGCUGCCGCUGUGCCGCGCCCACGCCGUGGAGUUCUACACGCGCGGGCUGUGGGAGCGGCUGGUGGCGCCGCCCCCCGCGGCCGUGCUGCAGGCGCUGGGCGCCGCCGGGCUGGGGCGCCCCCUGGGGGAGGCCUCCGGCGCCGCGCCGGCGCUGUGGGAUGAUGACAUGUUUUCCAACGUGUUUUGUGAAAAGUCUGAGAAGCUUAUCAAUGUACAUCUGUUUGCCCUGGCUGCUAAGUAUUAUUCUUUGUCCAACCUUGGAGUGUGUACCCCAUUAGAAGAUGUAUUUGAAGCGCUGAGAGGAGACAGUCAAGGAACAAGAGGUAUCAAAACUGAUGAAUUCAUGAAUAAUAAGAAGUCACAUGAAGUGCAGGUGAUGUCAGAGCUGGUAGACACCAUAGCGAAUUAUUGUGGUAUAAAGCAGGUGAUUGAUAUAGGUUCUGGAAAAGGCUACCUGAGUUCAUUUUUGUCCAUGCAAUAUAACUUAAAAGUUUAUGGAAUCGACUCCUCAAACUCCAACACUAAAGGUGCUCAUGAAAGGAACAGAAAAUUGAAGAAACACUGGAAAGCAUAUCAGAGUCGAGGAAGAACAAAUCUCGAAAGCCAGAGGUUGGAAAACGCAAAUGACAGACCAGUGGAAAGUGAAAUUAAAUGUAAAGCAAUCAGUGAAAAGCCCUUAAAUAAUGUCAGCAGUUUUCAAAGUCAGGACCAAGUGACUAUCCAAGAUUUAGUGCCUCCUUGUGAUUUCACAGAAAUAUCUACAUCUGAAACCAGCAAGCACAGGGAAGUUGGUUUGGUGGCUCAGACAGAAUCUGAUGAGAGCAAACUUUCUGAAGAGGUUCUUGGUAUUCUAAAUGUUCUGCCUGCUGAUGCUGUAGAAGUUUUUUCUUCAUCUCAGUGUAACUGUGGGGAACUUUCCGAAGAGGAAAAAGCACAAAGAAAAACGGCAUCUCUCAAGGCUAAAGCGAACAAAUCAAGUGAAUCAAACCUGUAUUUUCCAUUGACCUCUUGCAUCACUGCAGAAACAGAACUCAGUGACAUCAUAACAGAUCUGGAGGACUGUAUGAUUGUGGGUCUACAUACAUGUGGUGAUCUUGCUGCAAAUACACUACGAAUUUUUACUGCCAAGCCUGAAAUCAAAGCAGUUUGCAGUGUAGGCUGCUGCUACCAUCUGUUGUCAGAACAGUUUGAAAACCAAGAAGGUUGCCCAGAGGAAGUCUGGGGAUUUCCCAUGUGUCAGUAUUUGAAGGACAAGGGCUGGUGCUGUGGUCGCAAUGCUAGAAUGUCAGCAUGCUUGGCUUUGGAGCGAGUUGCAGUUGGCCAAAUGCUGCCUACAGAAUCAUUGUUUUAUCGAGCUGUUCUUCAGGUUAUUAUAGAAGACAUUUAUGGUGUCACCAAAAGUGAUCGGCAUGUUGGAAAAACUUUCUCCAAAUCAUCCUCCUUCAUAGAUUAUGUCAGAAAGUCUCUGAAAAAGCUGGAACUGGAUGAUUCAAAGUGCAUUGAAUUUGAACUGACCGCUCUGUAAUAAGACAUACAUCUACUAGCCAUCUGACAUGCCAUCUUUCAGAACUUCUCAGCGACACUGAGCAAUAGUUCUGAGGUCACUUUAUUCCCUUCUUGGCUGUCCUAGGAUGAAGUCCGUAAUGCAUACCUGAUUUGAAAACUUUGAAUUUGUGGAAAUGUUCUCUAGUUUGUUUCCUUAUUUUAGGCUGAUAUUUUACUUCUUUGCAAUUGGAUUAGCUAGAUGUUCUCAGAUGACUCUUUUAAUAAAAGUGCGCAAAAAUGUAUUAAACACUCCAGCUUUCCUAGUCUUUUGUCAGUACCCUUACUUUUCUCCUAAGCUGGGGAGUAGCUCUUUCCGUAGCCACAACAGAGUAGCCAUACUGCAGACUCCCAGUACCGAAGAAGUAUAUCGGGCUCUUUCCGCUCCACUCUUUCCAGCAGCCUCCAUCACCAGUGACAUUGCAAACCUACUUCCCACCCCCCUGACAGGUUCCUUAAGUGGCCAGCUCAACUGUCUUCUUUAGCACCCAUGACUGUGGACAGCAGAAAAGCAGAGACACCAUGACCUUUAAAACCUGGAAAAUGUUAUGGUCUGGCUGCCCUGUAGAGAACCUGCUUUGUGAAGAGCAGUUAUGGUCAUAGCUCUAGCUACCUGCCGUGGUGCAGUGGCUGCUAAGGGCAGAAAAAGGAAGGGAUAUUUGGCUUAGUCGAGUUCUUGAGCUGCCUUUGUAUGAAAUUCAGCCCCAAAUGACAGCAUUUGCAGUCAUAGUGGCAGUGCUGGUGAUUGGGAAAAAACGAGGGGAACAGGUAGUAGUUCAAAGUACAUAAAGUUGUAUUUUAAAGAAGAGGAACUUGAGGCACAGAGAAAAAAAGUAUUAUUUCCAGCAUCUGAUAGUAGGCUUUGCAAUGUGAAACACCAUCCAGGAGUCCUGACUGAAGCGUGUUACUCUCACACCAGGAUCCACUCCUCAGCUAUUUAAAUAAAUCCCUUGGAGAUGGGGGUGAGGAGGGGAUAAGAUAUAUGGGAAAGGAAAUGAGAAUGUUAUCUCCACUUUACUGUGCAAUACUCAUUUAAGAAUGGCUAGAGCUUUCUGAAUAAUGAAUGUAUCUCCGUAUUUCAUGUCAGUGCAAAAUGCUGUCUGAAGAACAGUUAUUGUAAAUGAGAACUGAGAAACCGCUGUUAGAAAAUUAUUAUAAACCUUAGGAAAGUGCUAAUUUCAAAAACAAAACACAGAUUUCAUUUUGUACUGUGACUUUCAAUUAGGAAAAAAUAUUUCACUUUAAAGUUCUCUUGAAAAAGUAAGUAGAAUAACUCUGAUAUCUUUUUUUUUAAUC